AAUUUUCUAUCUGCAUAUGAUAUUUAGAUUCGGAUUCGAAUAUUUGUGAAGAUUUUCUUGGAUUCGUUCUAGUUACCGAUGUCUCUGGUAAAUCUCUGGCAGAGUCAAUAUCUACAAAAUGUCGGCGGUGAAAGAUAAAAUUUCGAAAAUUACUUCACAUGCUCUACAAAGAAAACUAAGCCCCUCGAAGCAGUAUGAGUCGGGAAUUCCAGACUAAGAAUCAAUAUCUAAGAGAAGUCACAAAUUUGUUAGAUGAUGCUCUGAAUAAAUUUAAGGCGAGGAGGAGAAUGCAGAUUUAUGCUUUCGUAUAAUUUAAGAAAAAGCCUUGAUCAUGACAUACGAUGCAACGUUGGGACUCAAAACAUUGAAGAUUACUACAGAAUCUCAUUUUAUUUAACAUUUCUUGACUCUUAUAUUUGUCAUUUAAAGCUUUAAAGCUUUGAGCAAUUAUUCUUGAAACAUGAUUUCAAUGAGGAAAAAUGACUCUAUAAUUAUAAUGAAAAAAUCUUCAAUUCUUUUGAGUCAGUUUUAAUUCUGGAGAAAAUUAAUCUACGCUUGAAAAUCCAAAAUGCACAUGAUGCAUUAUCGGUAAGUUACUUUCGACCAAAAUAUUUACACGCUAGGAAAUUUUUAUCAACAACUUUAACUUAUGACUAUAAAUAUAACUUCAGAUGAUAAAUGGGAAAAUAUUUGAAAAUUUAAAUAAGAUUUUAUGAGUUUUGGCAGUAUUAUCUAUAACAAAAGCAACCGCAGAAAGACCGUUUUGGACUUUAAGAAGUAAUAAAAGUUAUCUUAGGAGCAGGUUGAAACAAGAUCAUCUCAAUAGUCCUUGAAUAUUCACAAAAGUUUAAAAAUUGAAUUAAAUAUGAAAUCUUUCAAAAAUUUUUUACAAAGCCUCGAAAAUUUAAAAAGGAUUGAAAUUUUAAUCAAACCGUCAGUAGUACGUAUCGUAUUAGAUUGACCUCUGAAAAAUCUCCGAUGUUUCCUAAUUAUAUGUGUAUGUUGUAAUAAAAUAUAAUUAUUGACUUCCGAGGACACCCAUUCAACUGAACUGAUUCAAUUGUUCGUAUUUUACUUUAAGAAUAUGUACUUAUUAAAUGUAAUCCAGAAAUAUAUGAAAAUAAAUGCUGAAUUUUUCUUUCCCUCACCUCCGUGUAUCUGUCACUGGAAAAUAAAAUAUUUAUGUACAAUGUGACUAAAAUCCCAAAUUUUCAGUUUUAUCAGGGGAAUGAGCAUUUCUCUUUUUUCUUCCCUAAAAAUAGUUAAAUCUUAUCUAGGUAUUUUAUUAAAAACAUAUAGGUAUAUUAUAUAUUAAAUAUUAAAUUAUAACAAAAUAAUGUGUUUAAUUAUAUACACACACAUACAUACACAUCUAUUACUCUCUUCUUUUCAAAAUAAUAACGAACUAAAAAAAAAGUGUAAUCAUAUGGAUUAUAACAUAUCUGAGGUCGACAUACUUCUGAACAGUAAAUGGGAACAUUUGAGUAUGAUUGCGAUGAUAACCCCAACCAAAUGUGCGCCUAUUGUAAUCAGCAUUGCAACAUUGGAAAUGUGUACUGUACUCUCAAAUCUAUUUAUAGGACAUACACAUAGUUGACAUAUGUAUUGUAUAUGUAUAUAAAUAAUUCCAUAAGAAUUUAAAAAUUAGAAUAAGAAAUAGAAUAAGAAUCAAAAAACAUACAGGUAUUUUUAUAUUUUUUGAUCGGAUACGUCACGCUAUUGAAUAAUGCUUAAUAGUGUAUAUAGGCUAAGCUGUGUGUUUUUGUUGUGAUUUAUGUUAUUUGACAAUUCUCCACCACAUUUGCGAUAUAGUGACGUAUAUUUCGCGAAAGAAAAAUUACACAUUCUAUUAGGAAGUAGAAGAUAUCAGUUCAGUGAGACGGCCGCGUUUGCAUCGGUCAGUUGUACACGAUCGCGUUUGUUAAAAAUGUAUUGCCAUUUGGUGGGAUGUUCCCCACCUUCGAGUGUGAUCAUACCAUUAGUCCUUUUGUUAUCCUUGUGCAGUGCACAACACUGGCCUUAUGAUGACUACGAUAUUCAAGGCGGUGAAGUUGAGACCGAAAACGAAGCGCCAAACAACAACCACUUAUACAAUAAUCCACCUGGCACAGUGAUUCAGCAAAUUCCUAAAUCCGGAUUUCAACCUGCCCGCCCAGAUGAGUUGGUUGUACCCGGUUUGGGGGCAGUUCGCGGAAAAGUUGGCUACAAGAAUAUAAGGGGCAGACCAAUUAAUUCCUAUUUGGGUUUAAAAUAUGGAGUAGUACGUCCUGGUUUGGGUCGUUUUCAACAAGCCACUGUUUAUAAACACCACCAUGAUGAACAAAUUGACGCAACGCUAGUUGCGCCGCGUUGCCCACAGUUUCCUGAUUUGAAGACCAUAACAGAAUCGGAAGCGCGUCUUGAAAAUGUUGACAAUUGCCUUUCACUAAAUAUUCAUGUACCAUCUUAUGUAAUUCUACCUCAGCAAAGAACUCGCCUUUUACCGGUGAUGGUAUACGUCCAUGGGGAAAUGCUAUUCGAUGGAGGAGCUGAAGAAGCCCAACCAGAUUAUUUCAUGGAAAAAGAUGUUGUCUUGAUAUCGAUAAAUUACCGUCUUGCACCAUUUGGUUUCCUUACAACACUAACAAAUGAAAUGCCCGGAAAUGUAGCUCUUGCCGACAUAAAGUUGGCACUCGAAUGGAUUCAACAAUACAUACGGGCCUUCGGAGGUGAUCCACUGCAGGUGACUCUAUUCGGUCAGGCUGGUGGAGCAACUUUAGUACACGCACUAAGUUUGAGUGACAAGGCACAAGGUCUAUUUCAAAGAUUAAUUUUACAGUCAGGCACUGCCUUGAACCCAUUGUUUUUGGAACGAGAUGCUUUAUCUACAGCCCGCAGUUUUGCACAUUUGGCUCAUUGUUCACGAACGAGCGACCAAGAAAUACAAAAUCUUCAUAAUUGUUUUGAGCGUUUAAGUACCACAGAAAUUCUAAAAACCAUGAAACGUCAUUAUGAAGAAAACGAACCCCGUGGUUUGCAUUUCAUGGGAGGCUUUAAACUAAAUUUAGGAGAUGCUCUGGGAUAUCUGCCCGUCCAUCCUGCGGCAUUGGUCUCCAAUCGUACAUACCCGAUGAUAAUUGGAGUGGCGAAAGAUGCUGGAUCUUUUAUUUUGACUAGUUUUUAUGAUGAAUUAUCGCGUUUGCGUUCAAAUAACAUAUCCGAUUAUAUAAAUGUUGUGUUGAAGCACACAGCACAGCCGCGCGAUUAUUUAGUCUGGAAGAACUUGGCAUUACGUGAAAUUUUUAAUGAAGAAGAAAUACGUAAUCCCACUUUACAUGCUUUGAUUCCAGGAUUAUUAGAGCUUAUUAAUUUAAUUUUAUACCGUGGUCCAAUAAUUGAUACGAUUAGAUCCACUUACAAGAACGCUCCAACAUAUUUAUAUUCUUUCGAUUACCGAGGUGAAUACCAUCGUUUUGGUCAUUUGAAAAAUCCACUCCCAUUUGAAACCGACGCUACACUUAGCGAUGAUAACAUUUAUCUCUUCCCAUACCCGAAAGAAGUGAGCAUUUUAAAUGAAAAAGACCGCGCUUUAUCACGUGAUAUCGUUACCAUGUGGAUAGACUUUGCUAAGUAUGGUGUUCCUAAUAAAGUCAAUGGCGUCUGGCCCAAUGUCACCAAUGGGAUAGGACCAUUUUUGAGAAUUAUCAAUUUUAAAGUUUCAACGUUGGAAUUGGAUUAUCAUUUUGGAGAUGGAAUUGCAGUACCAAAUUUAUACCCUGAAUACUUUACAAUCACAACAGCGACAACCACAACGACCACUACACCAAAGCCCUAUUUAAAUUACCCCUCUUAUACGAAUUAUUAUCCACAAUAUAAAUCCAGUUAUAGGCAAAGCUAUCAGCAGCCAGACAAUUAUCAUUAUAGAUCACGUACAACCGUACUAAAUGGGGUGGACCAUUCGCAACCAUCUGGACGUGAAAACUAAUAUUAUCUAUAAGUUUUAAAUGUAAUUGUAUGCAUUGAUAAUGUGGACGUAUAUAUAAGAAGAAGAAAAAGCUAAAUACGGGUGGAAAUAUGAGAAACAUACAGAUUUAGAGAUGGUGCAAAAACUUAAUAAAAAAUGUUUAAAGCAAA